ACACGUACAACGAACAGAUCGUGCGCGCGUUUACUGCCUUGAUCUCGUCGAAAAGGCGAUGGGGGAUCAUCCCCGAGGACCAUUACCAUCGACUUACGAACAGUCCUCCUACCAGUCGAUGAUAUAUUCUGCGCUUCUAAUCACCCAUACUUCCUUCCAUGGAAGGCCAGCUCGUCUUCUCCCGCUUGCAGCACAUUAUACUGGAUCACGUCGUGAUAUCAUUGGACGCUUCGGUGUGCAAGAAGCUUGCCUCCGGGUGGCCAGACCUGGUCGAAUUCUACUUCAGUCCUUCCUUCGUAGAGGAACUUGUGACAGCUGCUAUAGACGUCAGCAGUCUGGCCAUAUUUGCAAGGCAUUGUCCAAAUUUUUUGCGUCUUGAGCUCUGUAUCCCGUUGGAUACGAUAGAGUUGCCGGUGCUCGAUGACGAAACUCUUACUACUUUGUCGUCGCGCCCCACGCGUUCUGCCUGCUUGCGGAUAGCGGUGGAUGCGAAUUUAUUCCCGGCCAAUCCAAAAGCAGUGGCCAAAUUUCUCGCAAAGGUGUUUCCUGGGAGAGAAAUUAAGAUCGUACUUUCUGCAUCCUUUUGCCGGAAGGUCCUACCCAAACAUUCAACUAGAUGGAACGAAGUCGUGGAAUGGCUCAGGAGGUCACAGCGAAGCAGCCUCAAAUUUGGCUUUUGCUAUCAUACAUGACUUUGUGGUAUUUCGGUUUAAGGCUUCCAAUGAGACUACAAAACUGCGUCCAAAAUUGAUUCACAAGAAAACAUAUUGAUCAACUCAGCAACACCCUACUAGUAACACACGCGUCGUGCCAUCAAC